AAUUGUUGGUCAGAUUGGUUUGAAAAUGUUGAAAAAGAAGUCGAAAUGGUGAAAACAAAAGAAAUAGGAAUACAUGACAAUCCAUUUAAUUUGCCAGAAUUUUGCGCACGUUUAAAGAAAGACAUUAAAAGCUUCCCGUUAUGGUCUUGUAUUUGGGUACAAAAAUUUGGAUUUGGUAAAAUUCCGGCUUCCAGUUCUGCAGUAGAAAGCGAAAUAAAAAAUAUAAAAAAAGAUUUAUUUGAAAAAAAAUUAAGAGCAGAUGCAGCAGUUAAUGCGAUUUUAGAGUACCUGGUUGGUCGCUCUAAUAUAAUUCAAGCGAAAACUGAUGCAAUGGAAAACAAAGAAGAUAACGUUGAAAUUACUAAAGGAUCUGGAAAUGAAUCGGAGAAAGAUCUUGAUGCAGAAAGAAAUUUAAUAAUUGCUACUGAACCAAAGUCAAUCUCAAUUAAGGAAGAUAAAGAAUUCGUAAAAGAUACAAUUCAAGAAGAGAACGUAAGAAUAAUUAAUACCAAAGAAAUAAUAUGCCAAUUGUGUUCAUCCAGUUGUGCACAACAAAAAAAAGGGAGUAGUGAAAUGUUGUGCAACAACUGCAAUGCUGUAAACAACGUACAACAAAUAAUCGACUUAGGAAAAGAAGAAAAUUGGCGUGGUCAAGUCACUAAGGCAUCAAAAAAUACAACUAAAAAAUCGAGAACAAAAUCUGCAAAGUUAUCAAAAUACUUGGAUCAAAACCAAAUUACUUUUGAUUCACUGUUUCAAGAUAAUUUGCAGAAAGUGCCUAUUCUGAAGAAUGGAAAUGCUUUAAAUUUAAAGGGUGUGAAAAUUAAAAAACAAUUGUAUUCAUUUUAUAACACGUGUGCAAUAGAUUCAAUUGUACAAUCGUUUAUUGUUGGAGCAAUAGACCAUUCUGAAGUCGAAAAUGCAUUAAAAACAUUACAAAAGGAUUGUCCAUUUAUUGCACUUGCACUAUAUAUAAAAAAGAUGGGAGUUGCACAAUCUUAUGUAAAACGAGGCAGAAUUUUACUGGAGUUUCAUGAAAGUGCUAUACAGAAGACACUAAACAAAACAAAUAAUGAACUUCAAAAAGUAAUACACGUAGACUGCAACACAAAUGCUUUUGACAUGAUGUUAAAAUUAAUUGAAAAGUUACCAAUUAACAGAAUAGUCAUAAACUGUAAUAAUGGUUGCCCUCAAAGAACCCGAGAAACGAAUUAUUAUUUUUUGGAUAACUUACUCUUUAAGGAAGCUUUAAGCGAAGUGGAAAUGCAAGAAGCAUUAACAACUGACAGAGAUUGUAGCAGAAGAGGAUGCUUAGGACAAUCAGAAGUGCAAUAUGAUUCAAGUGGUCCAAUUAUCUUAAUUCAAUUAACGGACAUCAGGACAUUAACUCAUCUGGAUAACAUCCCGAUAAAAUUUUCUGAUGUACUUGGGACCUCUGAUUAUUAUUUACUGGUAGGAGUAAUCCGUUACAUUAACAAUGACCUUACCUCGACUAAUGGAUUAGGAAAACUGUCCAUGGGACACUACACAACAAUCUGUCGCAGAAAUAAUCUGUGGACCGAGUUUAAUGAUCUCAAUGCAGGAACACAAAGAACUCUAACCAAAGAUGUGGACAAAAAAGUCAACAUAGAAUUUCUAAUAUACAUUAAAGUUGAAAAAACGUAUAAAUAAAAUCAAUUAAAACUGUAUCACCAUGCCUUUAUAUUUAGACUGUAAUUCUUUUCUACAUUAAUAAAGAGCACCAAAUUUGA